AACGUAAUUCUAAUAUGAAUAUAUGUACUGCGAAUGUAUUAACGUUAAUACGAAUUUGUAUUGUAUAUCAUAAUUUCAAUUUGGCGCCCUAACGUGCAAACGAUAAAACAUGCCAUCUAGCAAAUAUAUUUUAGAGGUAGAUAUUUGCGCGUUUGGAGUGUUCCAAGUCGGUAGGUUCUGAUUAAUUUAUUAUAUAAGUUAUAUAAUUUUGAAACAAAGCUUUUUACACUUAAUGAGUAAUUAUUAAUCUUUAAAAAGUAAUAAGUAAUUAAAGUUCGUUUUUAAAAAUUUUAUCUAUAAAAUUUGUAAUGACGUUUUUUAACAUUUAUUCUAUUUCUUGGUUAUGUUCGUUUAUAUUCAUGUUCUAGAAGUUCGUUUAUAUUCAUGUUCUAAAUAUUUAUUUUCUAGCAAAAUGGGGAAGAAAUUUGGAGAGCUUGAAAGAGUAACUGGCGUUACAUUUUUCCGUCUUAGUCCAUACGAACAAAGUCCUUUUGCUGGAAUAGGUGCAAGCAUUGGACGAUUUAUAAGACACUACAGAACACAUGUUCUACACUAUGGACCUUUCUUCCUUGGAACUUAUCUGCUAAUGGAAUGGGCAAACGAGGAAAAUCAUAAAUUACACCGCAAGAAUCUAAAAGAUUAUGAAAAUGAUACAUAACCUUUUAACAUUUACAUGUAGUAAAACUACAAUUGAUGUUUUAAUGUAAUUUCUGUUAAAAUAAAAUUUUGACAUUACAAUGAAAUUUAGCAAAUGAGUAAAAAAGCAUAUAGUGCAAUUAUAUAUAUUCUUCUAAGUUUUAUUUAAUCUAUGUAAUCUAACAAAUAAUUAUUGUGAAUAAAUAAUUUUAAUGUCGCAAGA